AUGUUUAGAUUCACUAUCGACAACUGGGUAAAUAAGUACUUAUGGCCUAACAAAGUAAGUAAGCUCCCUCAGCCUUUUCGGCAAGUUCUCGGUGGCCAUACAACAGCACCUGUUGGAGACCAUUUCAUAUGGCUUGAGGUAUUCAUAUCCUCCUUUUGUGGGGUGGCGUUGCUAGAAGGGGUGUUUGAACAUAGCAGUGUUUUCAAUCUGCAUCAUCUCCAUAACAUCAUUGCCAGUUAUGGUGCGACUGCUAUUCUUUGCUUCAAUGUCCACCAGUCGCCUUUGGCUCAACCUAGAAACGUUCUCGUUGGCCAUUUUGUUGCAUCUGUGAUCGGUGUGGGCGUCCAAAAGCUUUUUCUGCUAAGCGAAGCAGGAAGGUCUCACUACUGGGCAUCUGGUGCUCUCUCCUUGGCAAUUCUGUCGGUGUUGAUGUCUAUCCUAAAUUGUGUACACCCUCCUGCUGGUGCUUCGGCUCUUUUACCGUCUAUCGAUGACAGAAUUCGAGAAAUCAGUUGGUGGUAUCUUCCAGCACAAUUAGUUUCUUCAGUGCUCAUGAUAUCUGUUGCUUUGAUCACUGGUAACGUUAUUCGGCAGUAUCCGCUGUACUGGUGGAGUCCUAAUGACUUGGGAAAAAAGAGACAUCCGAAAAGUGCCGAAGCAGAAGGCAGUGAACAAAUUCUGGAGGAAAAGUCGCUAGUGGGUGACUUUGAAAUCACUCGCAUCAAAGGUUUUGGACGUAUUGAAAUCACACUGAGCAGUGUCAUGAUUCCUGAAGAGCUUAAUGUUGAAGUGAUCGAUAUGGAAUGGUUGAGUAAAGCUAGAAAACUGUUAUUGACUCUUGAGGCGGCUGCUGCAUGA